AUUUUAUUUUCUCCAUAUUAUUCUGCACAGUGGUACAGCGAGAAGUUGAUUUGGAACAGGCCAUGAGAUGUAACCAGAAUGGGCUAAUCUUGGUUGUUUUUUUUUGUUUCAGCUGGAGGAUUUUAUUUCACUCCUCAGCCUCUUCAGCACAACCUGCCAUGUCUGGUCAAAAGGCAGAGAAAACCAAUUAGAAUUCAGGACCCUAAUGAUGGAGACCGAGAUAUCACCCUAAACGAGCUUCAGGGAGGGAGACCUGCGUCGUCUGUGACAGCACUUCCUUCUACAGAUAAAGGUGUUCAGGAUGAAAGCAUGAUGUCUGAGCCUGAACCUCGGUUCGUGUGUGAGUCUAACCCUCAGUUUGUGUGGAUACCUGAUCCUCAGCCUGUGUGGGUGCCUGAACCACUGUUUGUGUGUGAGCCUGAACCUCAGUUUAUGUGUGAGCCUGAACCUCAGUUUAUGUGUGAGCCUGAACCUCAGUUUUUGUGGAAGCCUGAACCUCAGUUUGUGUGGAAGCCUGAUCCUCAGCCCGUGUGGGAGCCUGAACUUCGGUUCAUGUGUGAGCCUAAACCUGAGCCCAUGUGGAAGCCUGAACCUCAGCCUGUGUGGAAACCUGAACCUCAGCCCGUGUCUGAGCCUGAACCUCAGUUCGUGUGUGAGCCUGAACCUCAGCCCUUGUCUGAGCCUAAACCUCAGUUUGUGUGUGAGCCUGAACCUCAGCCCGUGUGGAAGCCUGAACCUCUGUUUGUGUGGAAGCCUGAACCUCUGGUUAUGUGUGAGCCUGAACUUCGGUUCAUGUGUGAGCCUGAACCUCAGGUUAUGUGUGAGCCUGAACUUCAGUUUGUGUGGAAGCCUGAACCUCGGCCCGUGUGUGAGCCUGAACCUCAGGUUAUGUGUGAGCCCGAACCUCAGUUUGUGUGGGAGCCUGAACCUCAGCCCAUGUCUAAACCUGAACCUCAGCCCAUGUGGAAGCCUGUACCUGAGCCCAUGUGGAAGCCUGAACCUCAGUCCAUGUGGAAACCUGAACCUCAGCCUGUGUCUGAGCCUGAACCUCAGUUCGUGUGUGAGCCUGAACCUCAAUUUGUGUGUGAGCCUGAACCUCAGCCUGUGUGUGAGCCUGGACCUCAGCCCGUGUGGAAGCCUGAACCUCAGCCCGUGUGUGAGCCUGAACCUCUGUUUGUGUGGAAGCCUGAUCCUCAGCCCGUGUGGGUGCCUGAACCUCUGUUUGUGUGGAAGCCUGAACCUCUGGUUAUGUGUGAGCCUGAACUUCGGUUCAUGUGGGAGCCUGAACCUCAGGUUAUGUGUGAGCCUGAACUUCAGUUUGUGUGGGAGCCUGAACCUCGGCCCGUGUGUGAGCCUGAACCUCAGGUUAUGUGUGAGCCUGAACCUCAGUUUGUGUGGGAGCCUGAACCUCAGCCCAUGUGGAAGCCUGAACCUGAGCCCAUGUGGAAGCCUGAACCUCAGCCCGUGUGGAAACCUGAACCUCAGCCCGUGUCUGAGCCUGAACCUCAGUUCCCGUGUGAGCCUGAACCUCAGCCCUUGUCUGAGCCUGAACCUCAGUUUGUGUGUGAGCCUGAACCUCAGCCCGUGUGGAAGCCUAAACCUCAGGAGGAAGAGAAAAAGAAGGAGAAGCAGAGUGAGCAAGUCGUGAAGCAGAAGGAACAACUUGCUCCAAAAAAACCAACAUGGGCAGAAAUUUUAAAGGGUGAAAAGCAGACCAUAAACGUUAAGAAGAUCAGGGAGGAGAAAACAAAGACUGAGAAAGCUGAAGUUCACAAGCAGCAAGAAAACCAUAAGCUGUCUAAAGUCAUCCCUCCGUGGUUCGCACCUGCCAGGAAGCCAAUGAAUAAACACACAAAUAAACCACACACAGAAACACAAAGGAACAAAGAAAGAUGUCAGGUUAUCCAGGUCAGGUCAGGUGCUCCAGUGAUAGUGAGUGAAGACCGUUUCUUCAGAAUCAGAAGGCGGGAGACACAGGAGCUAAUGGGAGACACAGGAGCCAAUGGGAGACUCUGUGAUGCCAGCGAGCACACAGACGAUCCGUUUGUGGGCCAUGCAAAAGAGGGCAAAGGGGGUGAAGAGGCCCAGGUUAAUGUAGAGAUGCCCAUGACUGGAAAAGUUUACAUGUGGGCAGACAAGAAUCGCUCACACAAACUUCUACUUCAAUCACACACAGGCUUCGGGUGGAAAAAGUACAACCAGACACACUACUUUGACAACCCAUCACACAAAAUUGUCCAGGGUUAA